AUGGAGGAACCCCUGGUCGCACGAUUCUGGUGCCACGUGUGCACACAAACGGUGAAUCCAGUCACAGAAGCGGAGAUCAAAUGCCCGCGUUGUGACGGUGGAUUCCUGGAAGAGAUGGAUCCGCCGCGAGGGCAUGCAGAUACCCCGUUCGAUCCCGCCUCCCACCGAGCCUUCUCUCUGUGGACUCCCUUCUUUCUUGGAUUGCUUGGCGGUGGUUCCUUGCGGCGUGGAGGCCCCCAUGGAGAAGGCGAAGGGGACGAAGACGAAGUGGAGCAUUCCAACCGCGACCUUGACUCACAGACAGCCGCCCAAAGGCCGCAGGGUAGCUCCGCCAUCCUUCAGCUGCUCCAAGCACUCGGCCGAUCAGAUUCCGAGGGCGAGAGUGAGCGCGUCAUCCUCAUCAACCCUUUCAUCACCCAGGCCAUAAUUCUCCAGGCGAACCAGCCGCAAACACAAACGCAACCUCAAACACCGGGCGGCAUAAGCGAUGGCGGCGUCGGUGCCCCCUUCGAGGACUACUUCCUCGGCACGAGAUCCAGCCUGGAUCUGCUGCUGCAGCAUCUAGCGGAGAACGACCCGAACCGAUACGGAACACCACCAGCUCGGAAAGAAGCAGUGGACGCCAUGCCUACCGUGAAGGUCGAAGAGAACACCAGCUGCCCGGUUUGCUUGGAGGACAUGGAAGUAGGCGCAGAGGCUCGGGAGAUGCCGUGCAAGCACAAGUUCCACGGCGAGUGCAUACUGCCAUGGCUGGAGCUCCAUAGCUCGUGCCCUCUUUGCAGGUUUCAGCUGCCCGCGGACGAUCCAAAAGUUCCGAGUGCCGGCGGCGGAGGUAGCAACACGGCGGAAGCCGGCGGAGAAGGAAGCGGGGAUGGCGGCAGCAGAGAGAGUGCAAGGUGGCUGUGGAUUCCUGUCUCUUGGCCUUUCGCUGGGUUGUUCUCGCUGUCGCUGGCGUCUCAAAGCCAUGGCAAUUCUUCUUCGACGCCUCCCUCGUCCUCCUCCGGAGCCACAGAGAGCUGAGCCAACACUCCCUCGAGAGCGAUGGUCGGUUGUCUCGUACAUUAUCUGUGCAAUGUUUGGUUAGAUGAUUUGUGUAUUAUUCUUUUUAAGAUCAAUAAUAUUGUUAUCUAUUCUUGAA